AUGGACAAACCUGAACAACAACAGUUUAAUCGUGCUAUAACUUUGCCUGUUGAAUUAUCGUCACUGCGCAGUUCCCUCCACCAAACUCAAUCAUCCCAAGACUUAAAACAGACUUCACAGGCUUUUCAAGACCCUGAAGAUUGGAAAGAAGAGCGUCAGCUUCUUAUCGACAUGCUUGAAAAAAACCAAAAAUUAACUUUAUCGACCCAGCAGAACUGGAUCAAGGAAAAAGGAGAGCUGGAGUCCCAGCAUAGAAUUAUAGAGCAAGGAUAUAAAAGACAAGCUGAUAAUUACAGAGAAGAAAUAAAGCUAUUAAAGCUUGAAUGUGAUCGCUUAAGAAGCACAAAGGGAAGCCAAAAAGAAGGAGACCUUAGAAUACAAUUAAUGAAAGAAAUAGAAAGGCUUGAGGCUGCAGGUGAAGAUAGAGAGCAAGAGCUGACUGAAGAAAUAGAAAAGCUUAGGCAAGAAAUUAGAAACUUGACUAUGAAGCAUGAAGAAAAAGAAAAAAAGUUUAAAGAAGAAAAAAGCUUUUUAACUGCCAAAACCCAAGUCGUUCAAAAAGACAACAGAAGGGCCGAUUUUGACUUAAAAAGAAGCUAUGAUGAGCUCAUGCUAAGAUUUGAAAAGGCCAAUGAAGAAAUAGAAAGAAGAAAAGAGGAAACAGAAAAAAUGAGAAGUGAAUAUGAAGACCGAAUCAGAGGACUUAUCAAGCAGAAAAAUGAAGGAGAAGAUAUUUGGCUAAAAGAAAAGAAAAGCUAUAUGUCAGGGACAAGCAGAAUUGAAGAAGUUAUGAAAGAAAAAGAAAAAAUGAUGGAAACUCAACUUAAUGAUCUUAAAAAAGCUAACGAAUCAGAACUCCAAAUUUAUGCCAAACAAAUCGAAGCCCUAGAGCAAGAAAGAAACAACCUAGAAAAAAGGCUGAAACUUUUAACAUCAACCUCAGACCUCAAAGAAAACAAAUCAGAAUCAGAAGUCGAAAGACUGCGCUCUGCCAAUACAAGAAUCCUCGAAAUCAGCCAAAAGCGAGAAAGCAUCUUGGAGUCCCAGCUUGACUCCCUUAGAAAUGACAUCCAAAAUUUGCAAACCCAAUUUGAGGCACGUGAAAAUAUUUUUAUUUCUGAAGUCAGUGAACGAUCCCACGACCUUGAGAAAUGCCACGACAUCAUUAUGCAGCAAGAAAAAAUCAUUGAAGGAGGAGAAGUCAUGUCGGUUAAUACUGCAUUAAGAUCUGAAGUAAAAACUUUGCAUGAGCAGCUGCAGGGGAAAAAUGAACAAAUCCAAAGCUUACGUGAAAUGUAUAUAUCAAGCAAACAAUCAGAGCGCAGAAGUAUAACCCGCGCUAUUUCGUCAGCACAAGCACUAUUAGAUGAUGUGGUAAAGCAGCAAAACGCAUUUUUAAAGGCAGAAUUAGACUAUAAAGCAGAGCUUUUGAAGCUUGAAGAACAGUCGAGUUUGACUGACUCCCCCCCCUUUAAAUUGGAACUAAAAAUUUUGCUCCAAUUUAAAGGGGGGGUUAAUUUUUUUUUUUUAAAAAAAAAUAUCAAUAUAAAAUAUUUUGUAAAAAAAUAUAAAAAUUUAAAAAAAAAAAAAAUUUCAAAAACUUAUCGAAUUAGAUCUAUAAAUUUGUUUAAUAAAACGCUAUUUACUCUUUAUCCUUUAAAACAAAGCAAGAUAUAACUAAAUUUUCAUUAUUAGUUAAUACGCCACUAUUAAUUGGUAUCAAAAUUAUUUACACAAAAAUUUUUUAUUUUUAUUGAUAAAAAAAAUUAAAAAAAAAAAAUUUUUGGAAAAUUUAUCGAUCAAAGUGCUAAUUUUUGUUUAAAUAAGAUGUUAUUUAUACUCUAUUCUUUAAAAUAAAGCAAGAAAUAAGUAAAUUUUGAAAUUUUAUAAAGAAUUCCUAUUGAAUUUAUAUCAAAACUAUUUAAAUAAAAAAUAUCAUUUUUAUUAAAAAAAAAAAAAAAUUUUUUGAAAAUUUUGAAAAAAAAAAAUUAAUUUUUUUUUUUAAAAAUUCACCAAUUAAGGAUAAUCAAUUUAUUUAAAUAAGAUGCUCUUUAUACUUUCUUCUUUAAAAAAGAGCAAGAUAUAAUUAAAUUUUUAAUUUUAGUUAAGAAGAAACAUUUAACUUAUAUCAAAACUUUUUAGAUAAAAAUUAUAUAUAAUUUUUUAUUAUAAAAUUAAAUUUUGUUCCAAUUUAAAGGGGUUAAUUUACCAAAAAAGUGGAAAUUUUUACCGAUAUUUUGUUCCAAUUUAAAGGGGGGGGGAGUGAGAAAAAAUAUUUGACAGAAAUUGCAGGAAUUACAGCUGAGCUACAAAGUACAAGAAAUGAGCUGGAGAAUUUAAAAAAUAAAAAACUUGAGCAGCAAGUCUCUGAUCUUCAAGAAAAGCUAAUGGGCUCUCAAGAAGAGCUAGAUCAUGCUAAAAAGAAUAUUGUAAACUACCUUAUUUCGAUUAAAACUCUAGAAGAAACUAUAGAUGCUAGAAAGGAGCAAAAUGCUGACUUCGACCAAAAUGACCAAAUAAAAAAGCUUGAGCUAGAAAUUGCCAGGCUAAAUGGUGAAAACCAAAGUCUAGUAGAAAGCAGAAACAAGCUUGAAGAUUUUUAUUCAUCAGAAAUGAAAAAAGCUCACUUGCAGCUUGACAAAAAAAGUCAUGAGCUGGAGCAAGCAUACUCAAGACUUGACAGAUUGAAAAAUAUUAAAGCAAAUAAAGAUGUGGAAGCUUUGAAAGCAUGGGAAACCCGCCAAGCUGCCCAACAAAAAUUAUUGCAGUCAAUGGAAAACCAGCUUAAAGCACUAAAUGCUCAAACAAUAUCAAUGAAAAAAUUGAAAAGCAUUGGGGAGACUUUGGAAAACAAUGAGCUUGAGCUAUUGAGGGCUGAGGUUAAUGAAAAAGAAGAGUGGGUAGAGAAUAUGAAAGAAGCAAUAGAAAAAGAAAAGGCAGAAAUGGCAGCUGAAAUUAAGAGGCUUAGAGGGAUGUUUGAUUCUAUUAGUGUUGGACAAGAAUAUAGAGCGAAAAGGAUUGAAGAAGAGUUUAGUUUGGUAAGCAUUGAGAGAAAGAGGCUUCAAGAAUUAAUAAUCAAGCUUCAGCAGCAAUUAGAUGCAGAUGGAGCAAAAUCAUCAUCAUGGGAGUUCAAUGGAAACAAACAGAAAAUUCUGGAAAGCAGCUACAGUGAAAGUAUAGAAAUAAUGAAAGAAGAAAUAGAGUCUCUUAAAGACCAGCUAGACCGGGAAAGAUCAAUAUCUAGAAGAGAUUUAGAUAACACCAAAUCUUCCCUAACAAACGAACUUAACACUCUUCGGCAGCUAGAAGAUGCCAUGAGUCAGCACUUAGCCUCUCAGCAAGAUCAAAUCACAAAUCUCACCCAAACGCUCCAAAAGCAAAAAGAAAUCCAUGAAAAAGAAAUUUCUCAAUGCCACCUAGAAAUCAAAAUCCUCCAACAAGCUGCCAAAGAGCGCGUUGACUACUUAAGAAAUGAAAAAAGACAGCUAAGUGUCGAAGUUAACCGCUUAACCUCACUUGCAAAUAAAAAAGAUGAUCAAGCCAAAGCAGAACUCCAAGACAAACUGCAUAAGCUUGAAGCACUUUUAGAAGAGAAAAGCAGGAUAAUUAGCGAAAUUAUGACCCAGCAGAAUGCUAAUUCUAACUGGAGAAAUGAAAAUACUACAAGCAACGUAGAAUUUGACCCUGAUUUAAGCAAGGUGAAAGAUGAGCUUAAAAGACUAGCUUAUUUAGUUGAAGAAAGAGAAAGAAACAGAUACCAGGAAAAAGAAGCACUAAAUAUGACUAUCAGCAAGCUACAAUUGUCAAUAGAAGUAGUCAAUAAUGCCACGAAGAGUGAGACUGAAACAAUGGAAAAAGAAAAUGAACUUCUGAAUAAGAAAAUGGAAAUGAUUGCGUCAGAUUGCGAAUUAAUUAAAAAGCAAAGAGAUGAAGCUCUUGACUUUAUCAGCAGAUCGAAAAAGCUUGAUAAAUUUAAUAAAAAUGACAUUAUUUUGUUGAUUGAUCAUCUGAAAGGAAAUGACCAAAACAGGAUCAAUAAAUUGAGGCAGGAAAAUAAAAGGCUUACGAAUUCUUCACUUAAAAGAACUAAAACAGGCGCUUAA